CCCUCGUCUUCUCUCCUUCCUACAACAUAGAGUCCUUGGACUGUAGCAAUACCUCUCCAAGUGCGCUCUGUUUCUCUUGUAUCCCAUUUCUUGUUCCCAACCCUCUCCCUCAACUACACCCCCUACCCCCCUCGUACCCCCCCAAUCUCCUUUAACGACCGUUACGACCCGUCAAACGAAUCUUCUAUCUUGGAAAAUAUUCGAAGCUCCAUACUCCAUACUUCGGCUCUCUCCUUUAACCCGUCCAACCUUCCAGAGACGCAGCGUUUCCCCUCCCUCCGCCUCCCAUUAUUCUCCGACAGUGGGAUUAGCAACCGUCGGCGUGCCGGUUUCACUCCCUCGUUCCCCUCACAUCCCGUGUGACUGCUAGGGACUGCGUUCUAUCUUGACGAACUAUCUUUUCGAGUCCCUCAAUUCGAAUAUCACUACCACUUCUCCCAAAUCCCAUUUCUCAUCGCCAUUUUCAAUUCGCAAAAAUGGGCGGCCCUGAGAUUUCCAAGCAAUUUGUUCCAUUAACAUGCCACGGUCAUUCACGCCCCGUCACACAUUUGAACUUUUCUGGAUUCGUUGAUGGAGAGGAGGACUAUUACUUGAUUUCCGCUUGCAAGGGUAUGUGCAGCAGCGUAUCUGAAUUGGGAAUUGCAUAACUGACCAUGUUAGAUAAUAAUCCUAUGCUUCGCGAUGGUGUUACGGGCGAUUGGUAUGUAUGGACAAAUGGUCCCAUUGGACAAGUAGCUCACGGCCCAUAGGAUUGGCACUUUUUUUGGUCAUAAAGGCGCAGUCUACCAAGCAAGACUAUCUCCCGAUGCUGCUACUGCGGCGACUGCUUCUGCUGAUUUCACCGCGUAAGUUGUGCGAUUGCGAUGCUAGUUUCCAGACUAACGACUCGAAAGCAAAGUUUGGGACACUCACAGCGGUGAAGUGCUCUGCACUCUUCAACACAACCAUAUCGUGCGAGCAAUUGCGUUUCCUCCUGAUAAGGGCGAUCUUCUAGCAACUGGAGGAAUGGAAAAGAAACUCCGGCUCUUCGAUCUUUCCAAACAUGCUGCCAUUUUACCACCCAACACAAAAUCCACCCCCAAGAAAAUGGUUGUAAACCCAGAGGGAAAGACAAACGGCGCACUCGAUCGUUCUCUCAUCGGAGCUGAGGAAGGGUUUGAAAUUGGUCCUGGUGUUCACAAAGGUACAAUCAAAGCAAUUGUCUGGUCCAAGGACCCCAACAUUCUCGUCACUGCUGCAGACGAUAAGGUCAUUAGAUGGUGGGAUCUUCGAACUCAAUCCGUUGUACAGGAGAAAACAGUGCAAGGUGAUAUUGGUUCUUGCGAAUUCACAAAUUAUCAACCGCAACCUACUGAUAUCGGUGGUGGGUAUCCGGUUCUUGUUAUCGCGGCAGGCAAGACUGUGUACUUUUAUGGUGGUCCAGAUUCGCGCAACUUGAUCAAAUCAGUUGACUUGCCGUAUGAGGUUGCAAGCGCUGCACUACAUCCUACGCAAAGAAAAUUCGUUACUGGUGGUAUCAAGGAUACAUGGGCAAAAGUAUACAACUAUGAUACUGAGCAGGAAUUAGGUACUUCUUCCCUCCGCUGAUGGUCUACCAAAGCUAAUUAUUCUAGAUGUGCACAAAGGUCAUCACGGACCUAUUUGGAGCAUUAGCUUCUCACCAGAUGGAAGUCUUUAUGCUACCGGAAGUGAGGAUGGAACCAUCAAGAUGUGGAAGAACUGUACAGGUCCAUAUGGAUUGUGGAAAGCUGAUCGUGAGUGAAGAAGGAAAUAUGCUGAAUGAUUGGUUUCUAUAAGUUAUGAUACCAUUCCGGGCGGAGUUUUUGGUGUUGGGAGAUACCAUCCUUUUCAAAGGACCAAGGUAUUUCCAGCGGAAGAAAGAAGAACAUCGUUGCAUACAGAUACAGUCGUUUGCAUACCAAGCGCAUACUUUGUAGAUGUUGAGACUCACGUAGAGAGGAUCCACGUACCGGAAAUAUACCAAUGAAACUUUGCCAGUUAUAG